CGGAAACAUAAGCCGAUGGUUACUCGAGCCCUCACGCAUGUUUCACUCUUAAAACUAAGCGAGGCUACAGUGCGGAAUGCCGGCAUCGCCCAGCCAAGGUUUUUUUUUUUUGGCCAAGUCCAAAGUCAUAUUGCAGUCCUCUGGUACUAUGCACUAACUAGUUAGUCCCUUUGAUCGCAGCCACGCGCGAACUCAUGCAACAACAUACCUUUCUAGACUACAAUGCAACUAGAGUUGCGCAAUAGGCAACAGCAAAGGCUACAUACAGACGAACCAUCAACACGAUGCCGUAAGACAGUUACGCCCGUGACGUGACGUGGCAGAGCCUUGUUUGACCGGUAAACGUUUUUUGUAUGUUCUCUUUUACUCUAGUCCCAUUCAUCGAGGUCCGUAUAUUGCCUCUUGCGGGACGGGUUGUCCCGAUUCCAUGCUGGAAGUUGAGGGCUGUGAAACGACGUGCAUGCGUAUGUGCGUGCGUAUGUCCGUGUCGCCCGGCUCACAACCCAUUCGCCGAUGCCCCAGCUUCCCACCUCCCCCCUUCCUCCCCUUCCUUCCCCCCCUCCCCUAUCUCACCCUCGACUCACACGGGAAGUCGCCGCCGGACGUGCCGAAAGCGAGAAGGAAUCGACUAGCAAGGUCCGCGCAUCAUCCUACCCACGUUCCUUCCACCAAACCAUAUAUCGCCCAUGUAUACACACACACACACACUCACACUUGUUGUAUUGGUAAUCGUCAAGCCCGUUCAAAGACUCAACAUCACGGAAUAGGUUCCGAACAGCGGCAAGGCAUCACGCCACGCGGCGACCGCGUCAGCACGGAUCCUCUAAUGUCCCCGAGAGAACUGAAGCGCGCGUGACGGGACCCCUUCGCGAAGGGCUAACGCUGUGUUCCCCUGCUUCUGCGCCCAGCUGCAAGACAAGCUUAUGGCUGAAGUCGCCUGACCAGGUUUUUGUCGAACGAGGCUCCCAAAGUCUUGGUCAGCCAAGAAGACGCUUCGGAUCUCUGAGCAGGGGACAGGGGGGAGGGGGGUGUGUGCAGAGGACUAUCAGAACGAAACGAAACUAAGACGAAUAUCCCGUCCGUCUAACUCGACUAUGUGCGUGUAUAUAUAUCUCUGUCUCUCGAUAUAUAUAUCUAUGUAUAUAUGCCCUCUGCCUGGCCUCGGAGCAACCACGAACCACGAACCUCAACUCAGCGCUCGCGAGUCAACCCUAUCCUUGAAGAAAAAAACUCUACAUCAGUUUUAGCAUCAUGGAGCCUGUUGUCCUUGCGUCGACCGCCUUGAUGGCCGGGUCCUUUGUGACCUGGAGGUACCUCAACGGCUCCAAGAAAAUCACACAGAAGAUCCAACCCACAGAACCGUACAUGUACGAGCGCAAGGCCAAGCUGGAGCUCGAGGACGAGUUCUGCGAACAGUACAAGAGCCUCUACUACAAACUGCACAACCUCGAACACAACAGCGAUGCCCUCCCCGAGGCGAGGAAGCUGCUGCUGUCCUUCUUCUCGGAUGUCCUGCAGUCGGAGAGGUUGGGCGGCGAGGACCCGGCCUCGAUCCUCGCCAUCACAGAGUACACGGAAAAGGCCCUCGAGGACUUUGUCCAUGCCCAACUGGAAUCCGUGACGACUGAAUACCGGGAGUAUCUCGCCCGGCGGAAGAACGGCAGCCCCCGCGAGCUGUUCCAAGACGCCACCGACGCGCGCAAGUGGCUCGCGCACAAGGCCCCUCACAAGCUCGUCGACGGCGCGUGGCUGGGACACGUCCACAGGGUCACGUCCCCGUUUGAAUAUCGCCGGGUCACCAAGGCCGCGUGGCAGGUCCUUUCCGAGGAGCUGGGAGACGGCGACCUGUCGAGGUGCCACGCGUAUGUGUUUGAGCGCCUGCUCGAGAAGGUGGGCAGGCCCGUCCCGGAGCCGACGACGCUCGAGUUCAUCGAGCAGACGACGGUGACGGACGCGGGGAUCUGGCGCUCGGCGCUGGCGCAAAUGCUCAUCUCGCUGUUCCCCGAGGACUUCCUCCCGGAAAUCCUCGGCUUCAACCUGCACUUUGAGAUGCUCACCCUGGAGACCCUGCAGGCGUCCAAGGAGCUCCGCGAGGUGAAGCUCGACCCUUACUACUUCACGCUGCACAUCACCAUCGACAACGCCGACACGGGCCACACCGCCAUGGCCAGCCAGAUCGUCGCCGACUACCUCCGUCUCGUCACCGAGCGGCACGGGCCCGCCGCCACGCAGCAGGCGUGGAAGCGCAUCCAGGUCGGGUUCCUGGUGUCCCAGAACAUCCACUCGAGCUACAACGACAAGCUCACCGAGAGGCUCAUCAACAUCUUCAUGGCCAAGGCCAUCGCCUCGAACCGCAUCCACGACCACUGCACCAUGAAGCUCGGCGGCGAGUCGCUGAGCAAGUGGCUCGACCCGACCCUGUUCCACCGUCUCGACUGGCAGGCCAAGUUCCUGACGUGCCUCAAGAACGCGAAGCCCUGGGUCCACAAGGGGAACAGCGGCAAGAGCCGCCUCGUUCGUCAGCUCGUCUGGGGCGGCUCCAUGUUCGGUGCCUUUACCGACCGGGAGGUGGUCGUGGUCAAGGACUGGAUCGACACUCUUGUGCCCAUCGGCCCCGAGGCGUACCAGAACUUCACGGGCAAUGACGGCACAGUUGAUUCGCCCAAGCCUACGUACUCCAAGGGCGCAGAGCUGUACGCCGAGUUCUCGCGCUCCGUCGACGACGUGCUCGACACGAGCAUCCCCCUGGAGCCCCUCGCGCUGGAGCCCGCCAACAUCAACGUCGACAAGCUCCUCCCCCUGUGGUUCGCGCAGGCCAAUCUGCUCGAGUACAUGGUGUCCGUGCCCUGGAACGUGGCCAGCGACGUCGGGUGCGCCAUUGUGCGCAUCCUCCGAGCCCAGUACGGCUUCCUGCCGGAGCCGCUGGGCGUCGACGGCCUAGACGAGAUGAAGCGCGACGACUCGACCGAUCUCAUCGACAUCGGAAACGAGAUCCUCUCCCGGCACGACCCGGGGUGCGCGCUCCCUUCGCGCAUCGAGGACGUGCUUCAGCGCUGGCCGUCGCCCUUUGCGGAGACGAUGCUCAUGGCGGCGAAGCGCCCGCAGGACCUCGGGUGGGUUCUCAUCGGCAUGGCGCAGGCGUUCGUCGAGCUGCACAGCAUCAUCGCGUCCUCCCCCGUCCUGCUCUCCGGCGUGAAGCGCGAGGCCCUCGAGUCCAUCACGACGAGGGAGCAGCAAAGUAUGAAGACCUGCAUGGACGCCAUCUCGAGCGGCAGCCGGGAAGACGUCGACUUCAGGAGGGGCUAUCAACUGGCGAAGAAACAGAUCCUGUCUUGCGUUGCUUAAGUAAAGGCCCUGAGUAGGGAAGGGCCUGCAUCGUUUUUGAUGCCGUCAUGUUCAUGUUGUUUCUUAGAGAAAAAAAUUGGGACUUGAGAGAGACUGUUCAUGAUAACCAAGGCAACUGGUCGUUCACAGACUGAACUAGAAAAAAAAGCGCCUGAUUCUUUAGCCUGAUUUCUUUAGUACUUAUUUAUUACAAUGUCAAAGUUUGGCCC